AUGGCUUCUCCUGACUUCAAGGCCUUGCAGGACGAGGUGCAGAAGGCGCUCGUCACGACCGUCAAGUCUGCCAACCGCAUCGCCGCCGAGGACCUCGCUUUCCAGCGCACCGUCGACCCCUCCGUCGCCGAUGAGCUCGAUGAGACGACCGCGCGGCUGCUUGGCCUUUCCCACAAACUCCUCAAGUCGGCUGCCGAGGUCUGUGGACAGGGAUCUGUUCCCGAGCUUGAAGAUGCCGACGAUGUGGACAUGCACUGGCGCAAGAUUGUCGACGUUCUCGACAACGUGCUCGAGAAAGCAGACCGGUCCAUUGACGAGUUUACUGGUGUGCUGAAGAGGAAAGAUGCGCCCACAGAGACGACUCCCAACGCGAAGAAGCCCAGAACCGCUCUUGCCUCCAACAUGAGGAACGCCAACAUGGCCAAACCCCAACUCGAAUUCGAACGCGCAGUCGACAACACGUCAUGGAAGCCUGUUCUCUCCAAGAAACCUAACGCAUCCGUGCCCUUGGAAGAAAGCCUGGCGAAAGACUCGGCAGAAUCUGGCUCCAAACACCCAUACGAAGCCGAAAUCCUGGCAGCGAAUUACCCCGAGCGAGUCUACCAGAAGGCCGAACCCAUUCUCUACCACCCUAUAAAAUCCACUACUGCGAAAUGGGUCGACACGUACGAGGGUGUUCUCGAGAUGUUGGGGGAGCUCAAGAAGGCGAAGGAAAUUGCGGUGGAUUUGGAACAUCACGAUACCAGGACAUAUGCCGGCCUCCUCUCGCUCAUGCAGAUCAGCACCCGCGAUCAAGACUGGAUCGUCGACACCCUGAAGCCGUGGCGUCACCAGCUCGAGGUUCUCAACGAGGUCUUUACCAAUCCCAAAAUCGUCAAGGUCUUCCACGGCGCGCAUAUGGACAUGCAGUGGCUACAGAGGGAUCUUGGUCUCUACAUUAACGGACUCUUCGACACGUUCUUUGCCGCUGAAAUUCUUGGCUACCCCCAACGCAGUUUGGCAUACCUUCUCAAGCGAUUCGUUGACUUCGACGCCGACAAGAAGUACCAAAUGGCAGACUGGCGUAUUCGACCACUGCCGGAAGAAAUGUUCUACUACGCACGCUCCGAUACACACUAUCUGCUCUACAUUUUUGACAGGAUCCGCAACGAGCUCCUGGAUGCGUCAGAUCGCAGCAAGCCCGAAACCGACAUUAUCCAGCAGGUGCUGCAGAAGUCCAAGGAGCUCUCUCUGAGCCGCUACGAAGGCCUCGACUUUGACCCCGAGACCGGCCACGGCUCCAGGGGCUGGUACGGCGUCCUGCUGAAGAACCCCAUGCCCCUCUCCGGCAAGCAGUUCGCGGCAUACCGCGCCAUCUGGAAGUGGCGAGACGACACGGCGCGCCGCCUCGACGAAAGCACCGGCUACGUGCUCCCGAACGCCGCCAUUGCCGAGAUCGCCCGCCACAUGCCUCCGGACGCCAAGGCGCUGCACAGCCUGAUUCACAGCAACUCGAUCAUUGCCAAGAGGAACGUCGGCGAGAUCUGGGCGGCGUUCAAGAAGGGACGCGACGAGGGCGACGACAGCCAGAGCCUGCUUCGAUUCUUCCAGAACGACACCAGCUCCUCGACAACGACGAGGCGAGCGACCCAGAAGUUGAGCGAGCGGGCGGCGGACGUCCCUGAUGAUGUUCAGUCUGGCAAGCUCAGCCGGUCACAGCUGUUCGGCGACGUCCCGAUCAGCUCCAAGUGGGAGGCCUCUCUGACGAGCAGGCCUCAGGGGUACGUGCUGCUGCCGUGGCAGAGGAUCAUGCAGGAAGCGGGACACAAGGCUCUGUCAACAUCCGAAGACGUGGAGAUGGCCGACAAGCAACCCGAAUCUGCAGCGCCAGCUGCUCCGGCGCAGGAGGAGCCCGACCGGGAGUUCACGCUGAGGAGUGGGCUGAAACGCAAGCAGGUCGAAGAGGAGGAGGAGGAGAGUGAUUCCAGCUCUGAAGACGAGGACGAGGACGAGGACGACAAGGAUUCGUCCGAUGUGGAAGAGGCUAUCGAAAUCGAGGACGAGGAAGCCAAGCUCGAACGCGAAAGGAAGGAACGCAAGACGGCCAAGUUACAGCGCAAAGCAGCCAAACGGGCUGCGAAGAAGGCACAGGCCGAGGCGAGCGAAGACGAGCUGGAGGAGAGCAGCGACGCCAAGACGGGCCGCAAGUCGGCCUCGGCCUCGGAGCCGGACUUUGAGGGCGCCGACAAGGCGGAGAAGAAGCGGAAGAAGCUCGAGAAGGCCGAGCGCAAGGCGGCCAAGGAGGCGAAGAAGCAGGCCAAGGCGGCACGCAAGGCGGAGGAGGAGGCGGCCAAGGCGGCGGCCGGCGCGCCCGAGGCGUUUGACUACAGCAACGCGAGCUCGGUACUACAUGCGGGGCGCAACGCUGGCGGAGGCGUGCAGAAGGAGAGGUUCGACCCGUACUCGAAGACGGGCGAGGAUGGGCCCAAGGGGGCUCGGAAGGCGCCGCCUCUGCAUGGAAACAGGAGUGCGACGUUCAGGAAGUGA